GGGUACGGUGCGAAUUCUCAGCUGAUAAAAAUCCCAGUUUUGGAGCUGUCCUGCCUGCGAACCAGAGGAACUGCAGCCGAGAGGCCGUGGAGCGGAGAAAUAACACUUGGGGCUCAGCCUGCGAGAAAAAACCAGCUUGGGCAAAGCGGGGAAACCUCAGCACCCCUUGGGCGCAGCAGAAGGGGCCCAAAGCUCAGCUUUGCAAAAAUCCAGCUGAGAUAAGCAGUGAUCUGCCAGUAAAUCAUCUCCGAACUGCUCCGGAGAAGGCAGCGUUUGCUUCACCUAUAAAUAGGAUAUAUUUCUUUUCCCCUCUAGCGCUUCACAACUGGGGAAUAGGUUUGACGCCGAUCGGAGAAAAGCCGUUGGGGCUUGGGGAGCAGCACUAUCCUCUCGGGAACCUGCAUUUGCGUGAUGUGCGCUUUUAAUUUUUAAAAGUAAUUACUAGUCUAGAGGGGGGAGAGAGAAGAAAGGAGGGGAAAGAAAAAAAUUUGGAAGAUUUCCAGUUUUUGCAUUUAAAAAAAAAAAAAGAGAGAGAGAAAGACACACACCCCAGUCUCCUAAAAUAGCGAUCAGGGAGGGGAGAGCUCGGCGGGAUCCUCCCCGCCCGGCGCGGGGUAACAAUGGUGCUCGGGGAGCAGCGGGCGCCCUGAUUGACAGCCCGAGCCUCCUAAAAAAGGCCGCGGCGAGAUGCUUAUCGGCGGGUUUAUAUAGCGGGGAGCGGAGCGGCGGCGGAGCAGCGACCAACGAGCCGGCAGCAGCGGCCGGGGCAGCGCUCGCAGCCGGCGGGGGGCCCAUGCUCGGCCGCCCUGGCAAACCCCCGCAGCCCCGGGGCCGGCGGCCGCCCCCCCCCCGCCAUGCACGGGCAGCCCCCGGCGCGGCUCGGCCGUGGCGACACAGGCAGGAGGCGCUACAAGACCUUCAUGAUCGAUGAGAUCCUCUCCAAGGAGACCUGCGAUUACUUCCAGAAACUUUCGCUGUAUUCCGUCUGUCCGGCCCUCCUGGUCCGCCCGAAGCCCCUGCACUCCUGCGCCGGGUCCCCUUCUCUGAGGGCGUAUCCUCUCAUCUCCGUCAUCACCAGGCAGCCCUCCGUGGUCCCUCAGCUCGUCCCCGCUGCCACCAGCUCCCGUGUGCUGCCAGCGCAGCCCUCCCCGGGGGCCGCCAGCUCCGAGCCCCCCGCCAGCGAGACCCACGGCAGCAGCGAGUCGGAGGCAGAGCAGCCCGCGCCACGGUUGAAGAAGCCCCGCCGGAGCCGGACCAUCUUCACGGAGCUCCAGCUGAUGGGCUUGGAGAAGAAGUUCCAGAAGCAGAAGUAUCUCUCUACCCCCGAUAGGCUCGACUUGGCCCAGUCGCUGGGGCUGACGCAGCUCCAGGUGAAGACGUGGUACCAGAACCGCAGGAUGAAGUGGAAGAAAAUGGUUCUGAAGGGUGGACAGGAGGCUCCAACGAAGCCCAAAGGCCGUCCAAAGAAAAACUCCAUCCCCACCUCGGAGGAGAUCGAAGCAGAGGAAAAAAUGAACAGCCAGGUGCAGAGUCAGGAGCUGGAGAGAUGUCAAGCCCCCGAGGAGCCUAAAGUGACACAGGAGAAGCCAGAAGUCUCUUCAGAGACAGAGAAGUCUCCAGAACAUAUACCAGAGCCCUCCUCAGAGGAGACUACACCGCUAAGUUAAAAGGGAAAGAAAGGAGGGAAAAAGAAAAGAAAAGAAAGAGAAAAGCCAAAACCAAAUAUAUAUAUGUAUAUAUAUAUAUUUAAAUAUGUAUGUAAUUGUGUGUGUGUACAUAUAUAUAUAAAUAUAUAUAUAUAUAUGUAGACCUUGUGUAUAAGUCUAAAGAUUGGUCACUUUGUGCCUUUGGGAAUCGGCCAUCGUGGGCCGUGGUGGAGCAAAGACAUCCCGUGUGUGCGGUGCCGCCCGUCCCUCCGGCGCUGAGCGUCAGCCGUCUGUCCGGAGAAAACCACCUCGAGAAACCUUCUGGGCUCUUGGAUCGGGGACAGCUGAGAAAUGGGGAGCUGUGCCAGCACCAUUUCAUCCUGUAACCAGCACUUAGUUCAGCUAGGAGCAGGCCCAGCAGACCCAUAGGUUUGGCCCGGUGGAAAGAGCAAAGCUUGCGAAGCGAGAUUCCUGCCCGGGUCAGCGUUUGGAUUUCAUCUCUCUUGGUUGUUCGGGUGCCGUGUCUGUGAAUUUGCAGUGUGAUCCAGGGUCAGACUUUGCCCGAGAUGAGGGUUUGGGUUUGAGUCUGCUCCAAAAGCUUUGGGAUGCUUGGAUCUGGGAGAUUUUGCUUUGGGCCCACUUCUAAUUUUUGUAGUUUGUUUGUUUGUUUGUUUUUUAAAGAACACUUAAGUGUUUUCAGGGGGUUGGGAGGAUGAUGGAUUUAAGAAGUUGCUGCAGAAAGUUCACGUUUGUUUAAGAUGUGCGCCAAGAACAGAUGUGCAUCACGUUUCAUAAAGUCUUGUCGAGGGUGCAUUUUGCCCAAAGGCUGCAAGAGAUGUAUUAAGAUAACCUUUAUUUUUUAAUUAAAAAUUAAAUGUAUAAAUGAAA